AUGGGACGAGUGAUGCAAAUCGCAGCCUUUUCCCUGGCGGAAGUUACAUACGCCGUUGGGGGAGAUAUUGGAUAUCAAGUUCAAGAAUCAGCCAAGUCGGCUCGGUUUCGCGUUCGGACCAAGCAGGACAAUGUAUCCGGUGUCCUUCUCCCAGCAUUCGAAAGCUACAUGACAGAGGGAAAUAAUGACUUUGGCCUAACGGGCUUGGGCAAAGGAGGCCAGCAAGUUCAGCGCUGCCGGGAGACGUAUGCUCGAGCAGUCGAAGCUCUCGUAGAGCUUGCUAGCCUGCAAACGGCGUUCGUCAUCCUCGAUGAAGUCAUCAAGGUGGUGAAUAGGCGAGUAAAUGCAAUUGAACACGUCAUCAUUCCUCGCACCGAGAAUACUAUCAAGUAUAUAAACUCUGAACUCGAUGAACUUGACCGAGAAGAAUUUUACCGACUGAAGAAGGUGGCGAAUAAAAAGCAGCGAGACACAGCAGCAGCAGACGCGGAAAUGAAGGCAAAGCGUCAAGCGUCCAGUAGCAGGGAGGUGGGUGAUAAAAUCGAAAGCGACGCGACUGGCCCAACAGAUAUUCUAGCCGGCGAGGACGAGGACGAUGUCAUUUUUUAG